AUGCAUUGCACCGCCAUCCUCUUGUUGACCUUUGCUCUGACGGUGCUUGCUGUGAACAAGAGUGAAAGCUACGCGCCCAUUUCGGCGGUAUCUUUGCCUCGCCGGCAACUGAUGACAUGCAACCAAACAUAUGGACAAAGAUUCGAAAGCUGCGGCGGGCCUGAGAGCACAUUUUGUUACAAUGCAGGCGCAGGCCAGUCGUGUUGUCCAGACAAGGGCUAUUGCGAGGCCGGUACAUAUUGUGCUCCCGUGGCCGGAUAUUGCUGCGAUGAGAAUGAGGAUCUGCCAACAUGUGCCCGCAUUGCAGGUUUCACUCUACCGGCAUCGUUGGCCGCGGCUGCUUCAGCUACGGCAAUGAGUACCGACGAAGGCAAUAUGACUAUUGCAUUGUCAACACCAACCACUGGUGCAACGCUCUUCCAAUCCAGUACGACCACGGCGCUUGCCAACACUAGCCAGCAGACAGCUACCCUAAGUCUGCCCCCAGUCGACAGUGACCCAUUCGUCCAACUUGUAACGACAGACUGCGUGUCAACACAAUCUACUGUGGCUGGCUUUGGGACCACAUCGGUGGCAAAUCAAGCAGCGAAUAGCACUGGUAAUGUCACGCCGCUCGGUGGCAAAUCAAGCAGCGAAUAG